AUGUUGCAGCCGGAGCUUGUACAGAGGGUUGAGAGAGACUUGCUUAACAUCUUGAGUGGCGGAACUGUCGAAAACGUAAAUGAGCAAGAAGAAACAGUAGCGACCGAGAAUGCUAGUAAUGGAAAUAAGAAAGUGUCUUCUUCUUCACCUGCUGCUACACCUGUUGAAAAGCCUGAAGCGCCUGAGACGGGGACUAACAAUAAUACUAAUGAUAAUAAUCCAGCACAAGUUGAGCCGGAGAGAAGUGAAUCAGAAGAUUCUGAUGAUUCAAUGUGA